UUCUUUUAUGUUUGUGCUGGGGACCAAAAGAGAUACAGUAUACAUCAAGUGUGAUUGUCCACUGGAAUAACCCCUUUCCCCUGUGUUUUUUUUUUUUUAAUUCAUUUAUUUUUAGUUUUUCUAUACUUUGUCAAUUGAGGGACUUCUGCCUGUCAUGCUGGGGAAAGUGGGGCUGCUCUUUCUCGCCUGCUGCUGGGGGAUCACCCCCAGUGAGCCCCGGCCGGCAGAGAAGCAAUCUCAGCAAGGGACUUUGGAUUUCGGGUUCGUCCCCGCUGGAGUUUACGAAACGCACGCCUAUUACGAGCCCAGGGCGAUAGGGAUUCUCUUCCACAUGGUCCACACCUUCCUGUAUGUGGUGCAGCCCAACCCAUUCCCCAAAGAUCUCAUCGUCAAGCUGGCUCAGCAGAACCUGAUAGCGCUUCAGACCGAGUACCAGAAGGCCAUCUACUAUGAGAUUGGGUUCAUAGUGUGCGCCUCUCUGGGGGUGCUGUUCGUGCUGCUGAUGCCCCUGGUGGGAUUCUGCUUCUGCAUGUGCCGCUGCUGCGAGAACUGCGGCGGGGAGAUGCACCAGAGGCAGAGGAAGAACGCCGACUGCCGCCGGGGCUUCUUCACCACGCUCCUCAUCGCCACCUCCGUCAUCAUCUCGGCGGGAGUGCUGUGCGCUUACGCUGCCAACCAGAACCUGACCAACCAGAUCAAAGACACCAGGAGACUAGUCAACACCAACAUCAGAGACCUCAAGGCAUUCGCCAAUCAGACUCCAUCGCAAAUCGACUACCUUGCAACACAGUACACCACCGCCAAGAACAAAGCCCUCUCUGACCUAGAUAAUAUCGGGUAUCUGCUUGGUAAUAAAAUCCACGCUCAGCUUGGGAGAGAAGUGCUCCCUGCUCUUGAUGCAGCGUUAAGCAUGGCCUCAGCCAUGCGGGAGACCAAGGAGGCUCUGGAGAGCGUGAGCGCGGCGCUGGAGACCCUGCAGGACGGCACCAGCAAGCUGCAGAACAGCCUGAACAACGUGCGUUCCAGCCUGGGCAACACCCUCAACGACCCGGCCUGCUCCAACGGCGCCGUCUCCCACACCUGCAACACCAUCCGCGGCACCCUCAGCCAGCUGGGCAUCAACGCCAACUUCGCCACGCUGCCAGAAGUAAGUCAGCAGCUGGCAACUGUGAACGUCCUUCUCAAGACUGAUCUCAGCAACAUUGUCCAGAGGGGGUACUCGUCUUUUAAUGACACUCCGACCAUGGUGGAAGAGCAGACGAAGAAUGUGGUUGCAGGUGUCAAAAGCAUGCUGGACGGCGUCAGCGGCAACAUCACCGCCUUCACCAAGAUGUUCCCCAUCCAGGCCUCGCUGGCCAACUUCACUGUCUUCCUCACCGAGCAGCAGAUGAAGAUGGAGGCGCUCUACCCGCAGAUCGACCAGAUGGACUUCUACAGGUGGAUCGGCUGCGUGGUGCUGUGCUGCAUGGUGGUGCUCAUCCUGGCCUUCAACUUCCUGGGCCUGCUGUGCGGGAUAUGCGGCUACGACAAGCACGCCUCCCCCACCACCCGCGGCUGCCUCUCCAACACCGGAGGCAUCCUGCUCAUGGCCGGUGUGGGCUUCAGCUUCAUCUUCUCCUGGGUGCUCAUGGCAGUAGUCACCACCACCUUCGUCGUGGGGGGCAACGUGGAGAAGCUGGUCUGCGAGCCAUUUGAGAGCAGGCAGCUGUUUAAGAUUCUGGAUACCCCGUACAUGGUGAACCCGGGUGUGCGGAACGUCCUCCCAAACAUGCUGUUUCAGAAGCCAGACCUUGACCUCACCUUGGAGAGCGUGUACAUUAACUGCAAAGAGAACAGAGGUCUCUAUGCUGCCCUGAAGCUGGAGAAUAUCUUUAAUGUCAAUAUCUUCAUGAACAACACUGUGUACACUAAGGAUAUGUCCAAACUGUUUGACGAGGUCAAAGUGGACUUCAGGGGGGUCGUUCUGUUGGAGACUGCAGGGAGAGAGAAUCUCAUGAAUUUCGCUAACUCGGGCGUCGGCGAGAUCAACUACGCUGCCUACCUGUCCGAGGUCAACAAAGGUGUAACACUGGUGGAUUUGUUGUCAUUUGCCAAUGAGCUGGAGGGUCAGGCAGACCAGCUGCCGCGGGGCGCCCUGGAGAACGCACUGAAAGGUCACGCCAGCAGCAUCCGACAGAUCCACAGCCAGCAAGUGGUCCCCAUGGAGCAAGCUAUGAAAUAUGUUAGAGCAAGGAGCAGCCUCAGUCAGAGUAUUCGGGUGUUGCAGAGGUCAGCCACUGAUCUACCUAACAAGAUCAACCACGUAUUGAUUGCCAUUGAUGCAGCGGAAUACCUCAUUACCCAGAAUGCAUCAUACGUGGUGAAGCAGGAAACCCAGAAGUACAUGAAGAACAUCGUGGGUUACUUCAGACAAUAUACAGACUGGGUCAAGACUUCUCUGGCGAUGGAGGUAGCCCCCUGCAAGCCAAUCAGCAAUAUCCUGGACAGCAUGGAAAUCGUGGCUUGCAGCUUCAUAGUGGACUCAUUGAACACAUUCUGGUUUGGUCUUGGCUGCUGUGCAAUGUUCCUGAUACCCAGUAUAAUAUUCUCAGUGAAGCUGGCCAAAUUCUACCGCAGAAUGGACACUGAGGAUGUAUAUGAUGAUGUGACAAUACCCAUGAAAACCGUCCCAUCCUACGACACCAUGAGUAGAUUUCCGCGGGCCUCGGCGCCCCCACGCCACGCGGACUGGUGAGACGGAGGCUCCUUUAACCAGGUCCGGCAAGUGGUAUGGAAACCUGGAACUGAAAUGCCCUUCAUGUUUCCAGAGCUUGGACCAAAGAAGCUCCAGACAGAUAUCCAGACUGCUCCAGAACACCACCAGAUGGACUUUAGGCAU